AUAUUUAUAUGGAAGAAGAAAAAAACACAACAAAUGAAAUGAAAGAAAAAAGAUGGGAAGCCAAGAUGUGAAGUUGCUUAACUUUUUGUUGAGCCCAGUUGGUCGUAGGGUUGAGUGGGCCUUGAAACUUAAGGGUGUUGAUUAUGAGUAUAUAGAAGAAGAUAUAUUCAACAAAAGCAAUCUCCUUUUGGAAUUGAACCCGGUUCAUAAGAAAGUUCCGGUUCUUGUUCAUGGACAGAAAUCAAUGGCAGAGUCACUAAUUAUUCUUGAAUACAUUGAUGAAACAUGGAAGCAAUAUCCAUUGCUACCUCAUCAUCCUUAUCAAAGAGCUCUUGCUCGCUUUUGGGCUAAGUUAUCUGAUGAGCUUGCGCUGGGUGCAUGGAGGGCAAUGGUUAGGAGAGGUGAUGAACGGGAAAAGGUUCUGAAGGAAGCGAUAGAAGUAAUGGAGAAGAUAGAACAAUUGAUUAAAGGGAAUAAAUUCUUUGGAGGGAACAAUAUUGGAUACCUUGAUCUUGCUUUUGGUUGGAUUACUUGUUGGCUUCCAGUUUGGGAGGAAAUUGGAUCAAUGCAGGUACUUGACCCAUUAAAAUGUCCAUCUAUUUCUUCAUGGAAGAUUCAUUUUCUAAACCAUCCUAUUAUUAAGGACAACUUGCCACCAAGGGAUCAAAUGAUUAGUUAUUGUCAUCGUCGCAUUGAGGAGUUUUAUUCAACUCAUCAUGCUUAUUGAUUAUGUAUGUGAUACGGAUCCAUUCAUAAACUUCGUUUUUCAUUCAAUGAAGAAGAUUAUGGUCUAGCCUUUUACUACUAGUUUUUUCAUCGAAUUAGUCUUUCAGUUAUAAGUAGUCUAGUUUCAUUUUAUUUACUUAUCGUGUAUACUUGGACUGUCAAUUAUGUACUGCUAAAUAAAGUAGUAUCAAAGCUUUAUUGUUAGUGAUGGUUAAUUGUAUUGGUUAUUUUAAUUAUUUCA